UCUCUAUCCAAUAACAGAAACGUAGGAUAAAAUCGUUGAGGUGAAAAAAACACAUUAUUGGAUACUAUGGUAAAACUACACCAGACCUUCUUCCUUCUACUACUAUUUCCAUGGCUCCUCGAUCGAUACUCCAGCUUUGAAAACCCUAAAAAGUGAAAAUCAAGCUCAUCUAUCGUCUUGAGAUUGCUUUUGGACAUCUAAGUCGAGAUUGAAAUCUCCCAAAACCUAUUUGGAGCUUGGUUGAUGUUCGAUCUGGUAUUGAAGAAAAGGGUUAAGUAGAACAGAUCGGCUCUGAUUUACUAGCUCUAAGAGUUUGAAUCGGAUUUCUGUUCUCAGUUUCCGUCUAAAGAAGCUUUUACGGUCAUCUUCAACUGUAAAUGCUGUUAAUUUACAUGUCACUACUUGGUUUUUAGUCAUGGUGAGGCGUCAUGGAUGGCAGCUCCCUGCUCACACGUUUCAGGGGGUUUGCAGAGGUUUUAGAAUUCAGUCAAUCUGAUAUUGAAUCAAGAGCGAAAGAUUGAAAAUGGCUGCCGCUGUUGCUCGAAAUUCGUCCCUUUUGCGAGCACUUUGGAGAACAACGAACUCAAGAGGAAUGGCUAGUCCAAUUUUACCUAGUUCGAUUCGAUCGAAUUUCAUGAGCCAGCAUUCUCGAAUCUCUGCUCGCUCUCCUUUGAGGUUGCGACGAGAAUCGUUGCUCUUGAGUUCUCUUCUCCCUGAUCACAGCGCGAUUGCAUCAGCAUGCCUCGUUUCGAAGCUUCCGAGUGAAGCUAGUACAUCCACAGAAGGUAGAUUUGCUAAUUACCUCAGUCCCAUCUAGUAACGGAUGGUGUCAAUGUUGUGCUUCCUUACCAAAGGAGUUAACUUUUGAAGAAGUCAGCCAGGAGGUCCAUUUCCUUAUCUUAACCAUCAAAAGUUUGUAUCACAGGAUUUGGAUAUUAAUUUCUGAUACCCAAAAGUCUAUUAAUUUCUUGAUGUUGGAAGAAUUGAAUCAUCUAAUUUGUCUCUAAUCUUCUGUUCCCAUGUUAGCUCAGUUCCAAUCUGAUACAUUAGUUACAAUGUUUUUGUUUUGGCCAGCACAGCUA